CUCGUUUCCAGUUUCCUUGCGCCCGAUCCCAUUCCAUUGCGUGCUGGAGCCCUCCUCGCUUUCGCUGGUGGCGCCGUCCAUGUCUCCUCCUCCUGCACACUGAUUGAUCGAGCCCGGCCUCCUCAGUUCCCUCUUCCUCUCUCUCUCUCUCUCUCCUACUGUUAGCUACCUAGCUAGGGUUUGCCCAUUGCCCUUCUCCUUUUUUGAGCCAUCACCUUUUACUCUCUCUCUCUCUCUCUCUCUCUCUCUCUCUCGUGACCCAUGACACAUCCUUCCCCACUAGCGCUCUAGCCAUCCUCAUCAGCACCCUCUCAUCCUCUCUCUGUCUCUCUGGUCUCUACCUCUGUCUCUCUUAGCUUGCAUACUGUUCCUGCUCGAUCGUUCUCUCUUAGCAGCUAAGGAAGGCCACAUAAAUUAUAAAAGGAACCACUUUGAGGGCAGGCCUAAGGAAAGUUGCGGUUUCCCUUCUUCUUCUUCUUCUUCGUUCUGAGCCUUCUCCCUCAAAGAGUCACGGUCACUGUGAAAGGAAGAGGGCAAGAGGUUCUUCUUCUUCGCUCUCGAAGUCUCGAUCGAUCAUCAUGGUGUUCUCCUCGCUGCCGAUCUUCCUAGACCCUCCCAAUUGGGGUCAGAUGCAGAUGCAGCAGCAGCAGCCACCACUCCAGUGUCUCCUCGGCGGCGGCGGCGGGAGCGACCACCACCACCUGAUGCCUCCGCCGUCCGGCCUGGCGCCGCUGCCGGGCGGCCCCGCUGACACGGCGGCGAGCGCUCCGGCGGGCGGCAACUCGUCCACCUCGAUGCAGACUGCUGCGGGGGUGGCGGCGGCGGGGGCGCAGCCGCGGCCGGUCGUGUCGAUGGCGGAGCGCGCCCGGCUGGCGCGCGUGCCGCUCCCGGAGCCCGGCACGCUGCGGUGCCCGCGCUGCGACUCCACCAACACCAAGUUCUGCUACUUCAACAACUACUCGCUCUCGCAGCCGCGCCACUUCUGCAAGGCGUGCCGCCGCUACUGGACCCGCGGCGGCGCGCUCCGCAACGUGCCCGUCGGCGGCGGCUGCCGCCGCAACACCAAGCGCUCCAGCAAGAAGUCGUCCCGCGGCGGCCAGGGCGGCGGCGCGGGCGCCACCGCGGCCACGUCCUCCUCAUCCACCACCUCCACCACGGCCACCUCCACCACGACCACGAGCGCCGCCAUGGCGGCGGCCGAGGCCAUCGCCAGCAUGCAGGCGCAGCUGCCCCACCUCGGUCUCCCGCCCGCCGCGGCCGCCGCCGCCCUGGAGGCGUCGCUGGAGGGCUACCACCACUACCUGCCGCUCCAGAUGCAGCCGCAGUUCCUACAGCAAGCUGGCCUGCACGGGUACCAUUUCGCCGACGACGGCAGCGGCGUCCUCGCCGACGGGUUCCCGAGGGGAGUCGUCGCCUCGGGGCUGCUCGCGCAGCUCGCCGCGGUGAAGAUGGAGGAGCACAGCAGCGGGGGUGGCGGAGGUGCCGUCGCGGCGCAUGAGCAGUCGUACUGGCCCGGCAGCACCGGCGGCGGUAGCGGGUGGCCGGCAGAGUUCCUGUCAGGGUUCAGCUCGUCGUCUUCGGGGAAUGUGUUGUGAGUUGCAUGUGGCCGUCCAGCUUGGGAUGCAUGGGGGCCAUGCAUGGAUUCUACUGAAGCUGGACAAGCUCACCCUUAAAUUAGUUCUAGGGUUUAUGUGGUUUGGAAACUUGAUCAGAGUUGUGUUCUUCACCGAUUAGGAUGGUGAUCAUCGAUCAUGAGUUGGGGUUUUACAUGUUUUUUUUCUCAUUUUAAGAGUUUCAAGCUGGUUAAUGUCGUGUAGUUGGUAGUGUUGCAUGUAGUGGGAGGUGCAUGUGUUAACUCAUGGAGGUGAUAUGUGUCAAGUUACUUAACUAUACUAUGUUUAAUUACAAUGGGAAGUUGGUCAUGGUUGUACUA